UAUAAAAUGUAUAAUAUAAUUUCAUUUCAGUGGCAUGCCCAUGAUAAUCUCAUUUUAGUUGCUUGUUGGAGUCAAACAAAUGGUCUUAUAGUUUCUGGUGGCGAAGAUUGUCGAUACAAAGUAUGGGACGCUACUGGUCAUCAAUUAUAUAGCAGCAAUGUCGGUGAUUAUCCCAUAACAGCUAUUAGUUGGUGUUAUUCUUCUGGCAAUUAUUUUGCUGUUGGAUCUUUUAAUACAAUCAAGUUGUGUGAUAAAAAUGGGGUAAAACUAAUUUUAUAUUAUAUAAACUUGCAUGCACAUACAAUUGACAAA